CAUGGGAAGCAGAAUUAUAUGUAAUUUUAAUUAUUAUUUAAAUUUGUAUAGUGCUUUUCCAUGUAAAUAUAUGGAACAUUAUAGAAGGAGCUCAAAGCUCCCGCUACCUGGAACACUUGUGCAUUAGUUAUGUAGCUGCUAUUUUUGUAGCCCCAGUACUUGGUGGCUGGAACAAAGUUUCUUCCUCAAACCAGUAUCGGUCACACAAUGCAAUGAGUUCUUUUCCAAAAAUGCUAACACAGGCUUCCUUUGCCCCUCGACUUCUCGCUCAUUACGGGUGCCUUCGUCCGAAAGGGACCAGCAUAGAACUUUCAAAUGUAUUCCAACUGAAUGAGGACGUUGGUUUAUACAGUUCUCGUGGUGUUUCUGAAGGAUUUUUGGCUAAAACGUCAUUUAAAUUCGAGCCCCGCUCACUUUCUGCGAAGGUAAUCCCCAUCUCAUACGAAGCGCGCCUUUGCUGCGUCAAAGGCCGUUCACCUAAUUAUAUCCCCGCCCUUCUCCCCCACCUGCACCCUUCCAAAAGCCCCCAAACCAGCUUUCGUCUAACCAACAAAAAAGAGGAGGGAUCUGCUCUACAAGGUUUUAUCUCUACGAGCUCAAAGGGUCUUGCGCAUGCUCCGCGCGGGGGCGAUCUCGCUUGUUGUUGCCCAUGUCACGAUCACGUGGUGGGGGCCGGCGUUGGGCAAGCGGCGGCAGCGGAAACGUCUCACGGCAGUUGGAACCUCACGCUCGCCCCGGACUCGCCAUGAAGGCGGCGCGCGCUCUGCUUGUAGCCGUAGCAACGCUGGGAGCGGCGCCUUUCUGCACAGGGUUGUCAUGUUUGGAACCGCCUCAGAACGUUACAGUUUUCAUUGUUGAUACGAAUAUCACUCUGAAAUGGCUCUGGAAUAAUCCAUGUGGCCUCAAUGGGACCUUUUCAGCUCAGUACCAAAGAGAAUCAGACAGUGAAGAGGGCAAUGCUGAAAGCUGGUCACUUAUUCCUGAGUGUCAGGCUGUAAGAAUCACAGAAUGUGACCUUUCAUCAGCAAUAACAGACUAUUUGCAGCUUUAUAAUGUGAGCAUAAGAGCAGACACAGGAGAAGAGCACUCUUCCUGGGCUUAUUUCGUAUUUUCUCCUUAUACAGAAGCCCAAGUCGGUCCCCCAAGAGUUCAGUUAGAAUCAAUAUAUGGAGGAGAUGUGAAAAUCAUCAUUUUCAGUCCGGAAGCAAACCAGCAAAGAAAAAUGUGGGACUUGUCUCUAAGCUACAAGCUAACUAUCUGGAAAAACUCAUCCUAUCAGGAAAAUAUCCAGGAUAUUUUUCCAGGACAAACCAUUCAUGACCUUGAGCCAGAGACUGCUUACUGUAUGAAGGUUAAAGUACAUAUGGUUCAUCACGAUGCUUUCAAUAGUCCAGACACCUGUAUACAGACACCAAAAGCUUGGGCUGGUCUGCCUCGUCCUGAAAAGCUUCAGGUUGACGCACUGAAUACAAACUUCGUUUUGCAUUGGGAUAACAUGUAUGAUGGAAAUGUGAGCUUCAUUGUACAGUUCCUAAAAGGUUUUGAAGCACAGGCGUCUCAUGAUAUCUCAAAAAACUGGCGUAGUGUAUCUGGAUGUGAACACAUUACAACCAAAUACUGUGAUUUAUCACGUUCCGUCGACUUCAUUGGAAUUUACUACUUCCAAGUACAGGCUGUGAAUAGCCAUAGUAAAUCACCUUGGUCUAAAAUGCUAAAAUUUGAGCCUAUAGAAGACACUAAGCUGGGCCCACCAAGUGUCAAGAUUAAUGCCAGUGAAAAUUCCCUUAACAUUUUCAUUGCUGCUCCGGGAGAAUCUGAAAAAAAUCCAAUGAGUAAACACUAUAAGAAGUUGAUUUACCAAGGUUGGUACUGGGCAGACUCUUUACCACAAGACAAGAAGAAACUGGAAAAUAAAUCUUCACAAUUUAUAAUCCCAGACUUGAGCUCUUCUACUUUAUACUGCCUAAAAGUACAAGCAUUUGCUCCAGCAUAUAAUAAAAGUAGUGAGUUUAGCAGUGAGACAUGCACUAAAACUGCCAAAGGAAAAUCUUUAUAUCCAGUCAUUUUUAAAGUCUUUGGAAUUACUCUUGUUUCAAUAGCGGUCUUAGUUGGUGUUAUAUAUUAUAUAUGCAAGCAGAUCAAAUAUGCAUUCUUUCCAUCAUGCCAUCCUCCAUUGAUCAUAGAGAACAUUGAAGGAAAAGAUUUGCGCAGUUCCUACUUGCUAACUUCAGAAGAGCCAACAGAAAACUGUGUUGUCAUAGCUGACAGUAACAUUCUAAAUGAAGUUGAUCUGACCGACUUUAAAGACCAGAAAGAGUUGGAAGAGAUCAGCCAAGACUCAGGAAACUAUUCCAAUGAUGAUGGUAUCUCUAGGACUAAAGACUCCCAUUUAAUCCAAGAACAGGAAGCAGAAUAACUCUGUAAAAUAAUGGGUAGAAGCCAUUAUUAUGGGUAGAUGAGGGGGUGCAUAAAUAGCAACUUGCAAUUUAUGCACCUUGCUGUUAGCUUCCAAGAAAGACUUUGUGCCAAGACAUGACUUUACAACUGGUUCUUCUUGCACCAUAGAUUUUGAGUUUUGCGUAUUGCUAUUGGCACAAAGGCUCAGGUGUGGAGAACACUUGAUUUCACUACCAAAAUGUUGACUUCAUUUUGACAGGAAGCUGGUGCUUAAAUGGAAGUUUACAAACAUGUAAUAUAUGUCUCUGUGUGUGUGUAUGUUAAAUACAAAAAAACACCCUAAGACAAUCCUAAAGCUAGACUUCACCACUGUGGAUGCUGUGUUGGUUGAUAAAGUAUAAAUAUCUGUGAGGAUUACAGAUCAGCUAUAGGCUACAGUGGAGUAACACAGACUAAAGCAGUUUCCAAAUGUACUGACAGGAUGGCCUCUCCAGCUUUUCACGGGGAAAUUUUUUUUGCUAUAACCAAACACAUGCAAAUAUUGUUAGUGCUUUCCUUACCAUGUUGAUGACUUUAGGUGACUGACAGAGCAGUCUUAACACAAUGCCUUCUCUGUGUUGUAUUUCAUUGUUUAUGUGACCUUAUUCAAGAUCACAUACUGUAUGGUUUAGCCAGUAUUAGUUUAUACCAAGUAUUCAUAACAGAUAAAGGGUUUCAGCCACGUGGAUACUUUGGAGAGUAAGUGUAAAAUGUCUUUCUCUCAAUGGCGGUCGCACUUACUAUAUUCCUUCAGAAUUUAGACAUUUGCCACCUACAUUUUUUGUUUGGCGUAUGUUAAAAACAUGUUGCCUGACCAUUAGUGCAUUUCAGUUUUAAUGCAAAUAAAGCAAACUCCUUUUAAGAAAGGUUUUUAAGAAAAAAAAGAAAAAGUCUUACUUACAAUUUAGUUGUAAUAAAAAGUACAAAAAAUCUUAGAAACUAAGUCUCGGAGAAUCAAAAAAGUCAAAUGGUAAUUAGGGGAUCACCAAUAAUUACUUGAUUUGGGGCAAGGAAAUCACUAGCCAGCUCUCAAAAAGAUAAGACUUUUUUUUUUAGAAAGAGCAGAGACAUCCCUAAUUAAAUUACUUUCUGGGAACUAGUGUAGUUUACUGUGAUUUCUUCAUUUUGUCCUUGCCAACCAGGGAAACAAACUGCAACUACUGACCAGGCCUUCAGUAUUUUUCAGAACAUAUUUAACUUUCUAAUGUGUUUCCUUUUUAUAGGAUGAUGAAAAUUAAUAUAUACUUGGGGGGGAAAUGGGAACACAACAUUUGUGUACAAGAUGGAUUUAAUCUGAUAACUACUAAUCUCACUAGCAUCCUCCAAUAGCAAUGUAAGAAAUGAAAGCACUUUCACUCGCAUUAAGAGUGUGCCCAAAUUUAGUUUGUCUGUAUAAGUGUCUAGCAAGCUAAUGCUUAUGAGAACGUGUGACUGCAAUUAUAGCAAUCCAUUGCUACUGUUAUUUCAAUUAGUUUGUGCAGUUCAGUUUCACAAUUCAUUAUCCUGUUUAGAAGUGUCCAAAUGGUAGCAAAGUGUUGUUUAUUCAGUGUUAACACCAGUGUACUUAGCCCCAUCAGUGAAUACCUGUUUUUGCUGAAAUGUGGGUUCCUAAGGCACAGUUAUACAGGUGUCAUCUGGCUGAUCUUCUGAGUAGGUGGCUAGUUGAUGUGGGAAGUAGAGAAAAUGUUUACAAAGCACAAUCUCCAUUUACCAGUAAAGCGGGACAAAAUGGGGUCCGCACAAUGCUUAGGUGCAGGCCCUCAUUUAGCUUUAUGUUUGAUUUUGUUUGGGGAUGUGUGUACAAGCAGCAUUGCAACAGGUCACCUACCCCAGCAUAUUAUCACCCAACUGCCUUGGUAAAAACAAACAAACAAAAAUGCCUUUGUGUAAAUAGUUUGGUUUUUUAAGUAAGUGUGUAUGAUUAUUUUAUUGCAGUAUUUACUUAAUGGAAACUAAAUUAGAUGACCUUGGAAGGUCAGAGUGCAAGUGUGUGCGUGUGUGUGUGUGUGAGAGAGAGAGAGAGAGAGAGAAUUUGGCACGCUGCACCAUCUGUUUUCAGGUAGAUGCCUCCUUUCCACAUAUUAUUUGGUUUAAUGUGGAGACAGGCUUGAUAUGUUUUCUAGAAUGUAUGAAGGGCUGGGGAAGCAAAUAUAUGCUUACAUAUGUUUUUAUGUGAAAUUGUGUUCUGAGUAUGGGUGUCAGGUAAUUCCAACAGAAGCGGGAGUGGAAAUUGCCAGUUUGCUUUUUUGUCCCCUGUCCAGAACAGAAAUCAAUCCAGCAAUCAGUGUUUGCUGUUGUUACUGUUUCAGUCCACAAAUAAUAUAUACUUGAUUACCGUUUUUCCCAUUUGCAUAGCAUUUCCUUUACAGUGAACUGAAUAGUGUGGAAUAACAUAAUAAGAUCAGAAUUAUGUAAAAUUGCACCAGAGCAGACAGCAAAACAAGUAACAGCGGAAUGAAUGUAUGAAUCUUUAUUUGCAUCAGCCACCAGCCAUAGGAAUAAAACAAACGAAAUGCAGGGUACAUAGGAUAAAGGUAAAAAAAUCAGUUAUAUUAACAUUUUGGGGGGAUUUGUUUCAAUAGUCAAAUAGUGGAUCUUAUUCUAAUUGAACCUUGCAAGAAGGGACGCGGGUGGUGCUGUGAUCUGAGCCACAGAGCCUAGGGCUUGCCAAUUAGAAGGUUGGCAGUUCGAAUCCCAGUGACGGGGUGAGCUCCCGUUGCUCUGUCCCAGCUCCUGCCAACCUAGCAGUUCAAAAGCACGUCAAAGUGCAAGUAGAUAAACAGGUACCACUCCCGUGGGAAGGUAAAGGGCGUUUCUGUGCGCUGCUCUGGUUCGCCAGAAGCGGCUUUGUCAUGCUGGCCACAUGACCUGGAAGCUGUCUGCAGACAAACGCCGGCUCCCUCGGCCUAUAGAGCUGUCUGCGGACAAACGACGGCUCCCUCAACCAGUAAAGCGAGAUGAGCACCGCAACCCCAGAGUCGUCCAUGACUGGACCUAAUGGUCAGGGGUACCUUACCUUUACUUUAAGAACCUUGCAACCUUUGCUGUCACUUGCUCCUCUUGGUCUGCUAAGAGAAAGGACACUGUGGCAGUGGUUGGGAGACCCGGAAUGGAUAAUAAUAGAGGGGUGAUAACCUCACUCCUCAAAUCAAGUAACAGCAGAAGCCUAACUGCAGCACUGCAUGUGAUGAACAAGUUCUGAAGGGAACAUUCUGAAAUGUUACUGUCAAAAGUAAGGAUGUAAGGAGUCAGUCAUUUCCAUCCUGUCUUCAGUUCAUUGAAAUCAAUGCUUUUCCCAUUCUGCUACAUUUCAGCUUUUGCUAAAACCUAUCUUCAUCUCGCUAACCACUAUGGCCUAAACUAAUGUAAUUAAUUAGGUAAUUGAUUAUGUAAUCAAUUUCAGUGGAAGGAAAAGGUCAAAAACAAUUCAGAAAAUAACAUAUUUACAUAAUGUUUGCAGAUUAAGAAAAGAACAAUAGCAAAUAUAACUCAUAUUCACAUUUCUGUUACUGACCAAAACUGUGCAACUUGCAGCAAUUUCUGCUUCCACUUCCGUUUCUGUUGAAAUCCUCAGACAACUCUAGUGUAAAGGGCUCACUUGUGUUCUGGCAUGUAUGUCAACAGGAUCUUACUUCUGUUGUGUUACUAGGGUUGCACUAUCAACCAAGAAACUAUAAUGCCUAAACCAAGUUUCCCAUGCUUAAUUUAAUCCUAAAGAUGCUGAUAUAUAGUGCCUUUUAAAGUUAUUUAGCCUAAUACAGUAUUAGAUAAAAAAUCAUGAGAACUUCAUCUGAAAAAGUGUGAAGUCCUUCAAUCCUGAUUUGUAUGGUACUCUAGUCUUUGUUUAAUCUACUCCAUCAUAGCACAAAAUAUUUAUUCAUACUUCCUCAUAUUGAACUCAAAAGGACUUGAGUCUGAGAAGGCAUUUGUAACGCUGUGCUGUAUUCCCCCCCCCCCCUUUACUUGUUGGGUUUGUAGUUAUCUCGGAACUUAAAACAGGGAAUACAUCAGAUUUUAAACCAACUUGCUGUAAUAACGAAACCCACAUGAUGCAUGACUCAUACUCUCACCUAUCCAUAGAUGCUGUUAUGACAAGCAGCAAUCAAUGUUAUUCCUCUGCACACAUAACUGAUUGUUUUUUUAUGUUUCCAUGUUUUGGUACUUUGUGGACAUUGUAUUGACUUUAGAUGUGGAGUGGGACUCCUCUGCAGUGGCCUUAAGUUCAGUGAGCAAUUGUAUCCGAUUGUGAGGAUAAAGGGAUCUAAAGAUGUACUGUACUGUACUGUAAAAAUCUAUAAAUAUAACAUAUUAGACACUGGUGUUUUGUUUUUUUACCUCAUUGGAAUUUUUAUCCUGUUACAAUGUACUCCACUUUUUUAUUACUUAAGAUGUCAACUUUGUAACAGUUUUAUUUAUAAGGAAAUUUGUGUUGAUAAAUAAAUAAUGCCAGAGACAA